GUUUGUCAACCUCUUUGAACACCAAGCAGGACUUUUGGCUGACAGUUGUCAUUGUUUGUCGUAACGUAACAAAACAAAUAGUCCCAUCACCCGCUGACAGAAAUAGCUGAGGAAGACUCCAAAUGGAAGAACUGGCAUCAACAAAUAAAACUCACACAGGAUCGUCCCGCUCAAGACCAACAAGGAAGCCUGACUCUAUACACGUCAACGUGCUCAUGGUACUACAAUAUCAAAAUCCCUUCAAUUCUUUCCGCAAACGACCAAUGACAGAAAAAAGCCUUUCAUAUGGGCUUCAGUUGGAGGGUAACACUCAACUUUCAGCAUGUCCACAUCAAGCAUAUCCCACGAAAAGAACUCUGAGUAUGUGCUGGUUUUUGUCGAUUUCUCCAGGUAUUUUUCUGGUCUACUCAUCAGCAAGCUGGAUGUUCAUCGUCUUCGGGUCAAAGUACAAUAACAGCUGUAUUGCCUGUGGUGGAUUACUUGGCACGUUAGUUGGGUGUCGAUUCAGACAAAUCAAUCUCAGGUGGACAGUAGUAUGCUUCCAAAUAUUCACUGCAGUCUCCUGGUUAAUCGUGACUUUGGCCACGCAAAUCAGUUCAUGGCAGUUGAUGUACGGGUCCUUUUUCUUCGAAGGCGUUGCCCUUGGCCUGGUCUCAAUGAUUUUAUCCUCGCACGCAAUGAAGCUUCCACGGCCGCAUUGUGACGAGCUUUCCGGUUUUGUUUUGAUUGGAAUGAUGAUGGGUGUCUUCCUCCUGUGUACAAUUCUGAAUAGUCAGAGGUUUACGGAUAUUUGUUUUAUACUUGGUCUGAUCUCGACUGCUGUGGCUACAGUCUGCAUUCCAUUCAGCACAGAUGCACCCAGGAACGUCCCCAAAUUGUGUGGAUCAAAGGUUGGUGAAUCGACUGGCACCAAACUUGUUGAAGUCUGCCUGAACUCACUCAUGGGAAUUUUUCUGUUCCAAUUUACGGCCGUCAUCUGCAUGAGCUAUUCUUCAGCAAUUGUGGAAGCGUUCUUUGUCUUCUGCUUAUCAGCCCUAUUAUUUACGAUUAUUUUUGCCACCCUACGGACCACCCGGCAAGGAACGAGCAGAACGAUUCCUGGUUUGGUGUUUACAGGAGCCCUUAGCCUUCUGCUUAUCAGAAUUAAACUUGCCCCUGGAGCUUUCAUACAGCCUUACUUGUUCUCACCAAUCAUGGCCUUGCUGGGUUUGUCCGGUGCCAUGAGCUGGAGUCGAAUGUGUCAGCUCUGUACAGCUGCAAAGCAAUCUCAAGACCAUUGUAAAACUCUGGUUGUAUGGUGGCUAUUUGGAUUGAUUUGUUCAUACUUUACUGACUCGAGCAUCCCAGUGAUCAAUCCAGCAGUCUACGUCUUUGUCAUCCUAUCUAUGGGCCUGCUGCUUACACUGUUGCUCUUUAUAAUUCCUCACGUAACUUCCCCAGACCAGAAAACUACCCAAGAACAAGCGUUAUUGCUGUUUCUGUGAACCACUUAUUUUUUCCUGUUGAAAAGAUGAUAAUAAGUAAAAUUAAGGCAAAAUGUUUACCAAGUUAGCAAUAGUGAGGGACCAAUCAGACGCCGGACAUCUGAGAUCCACGAGACCUUUCCCUCUUGUUGAAACUUACCAGGCAUUUGCAG